ACUUGGGAGAUGAUCCAUUUGGCAUUCGCAUCAACAAGAUGUUUGAUGAAAGUGAAAUGGAUUGCAUUUGCAUUUUUGCAUUACAUAGAAUGUCAUCAAACUCCUCACUUCCGUUCAACCCCUCCAACAUUACACACAGAACCGCUGUCUCUCCAACCAUUGUCUUCUUCUUUACCAAAUCCAUUCUAACUCCCUCUUCAAUUCUAUAUUGCAAGGUUCAAUUAAUGGAGUUGAAGGGUUGUUACCAAAUCCAAUAGCCCACUUCUUUAAAUGCCAAAGUUUGGACUUUUGAGAAAUUAAUUGGAACCCUCGACGAUUGUUUCUCUGAUAUGUGCUGGAAGGGGUUGUGAAAGAGUUUUAGCUUGUGGGUUAAGAAAAUGGGGCCUCAGGAAGUUUCCCAGUCCGACAUUGAUUUGGAACAGGGGAAUCAUCGGCGGUCUGUCAGCGGUAGUGAUUUGAGCGCAGAUUGUAGCGUCUAUUUCUCUGACGCCGACGAGGGUUCGUGUUAUUCUCAGUUUUUUUCGACCAACGGUGGUUCUUACGACGAGUAUAGGUUUGCUUUCGUUUCUCAGCCGGAGGUUGGGGUUGUUCCGGAUUCUCGGCGAGUUUCGUCGGUUUCGGAUCGUUCUGUGGAGGUUGAAAAUGAAAAUGGGAUUACUGAAAUUAAGGUGCAUUCAGCUAAAGUAGAGAGGGAUUGCAGGAUUUGUCAUUUGGGUUUGGAGAGUAAUAGCCAAGAAUCUGGAAUCCCAAUCGAAUUGGGUUGUUCGUGCAAGGAUGAUUUAGCUGCUGCUCACAAGCAUUGUGCUGAAACCUGGUUCAAAAUUAAAGGAAAUAAGACAUGCGAGAUUUGUCAUUCCAUUGCUCGAAAUAUUCUCGGACCAAAUGAGGUUGAGCUAACAGAGCAGUCUAAUGAAUCCAACAACGCCUCCUCGACAACUACAGUUGCUGCAUCAAUUCCCUCAUCAGAUAGCCAUAGUUUCUGGCGUGGGCACCGGUUUCUGAAUUUUCUGCUCGCCUGUAUGGUAUUUGCUUUCGUUAUAUCUUGGCUGUUUCACUUCAAUGUGCCCUCGUAAACAAAUUGUUGUGUAGAAGAAAGUAGUAUCGAAACGGGAAAAUCAGAACAAGGAACUUGCAGAAUUUACAGCUGCAAAAGGCCCUCCAGAGAAUUGCCUACAGAGUGUCCAUAACUUCACAUAGAUUAUCAUCCAAUACACAUGUACCUACUCCAACAUUCCCCUCAAAAGUUGUUUUCUUCAUUGCACUUCCAUUCAAUUCCAAGUUAUAGAGAAAUGUGGCUCAGUCGGGAACAUCCACGAUGAUUCUAAGUUUUCCAACAAGCAUCCUCUCUCUUUUUCCUUAUUAUUAUAAGUUUUCAAUAUGGUUUCUCUGAAUGAUAUCUUUUUAAACUAUUUGCUUAUUGAGCAUUACGAUAAUGUAUAGGAGAAACCCAUCAACAAGCUCUGUGCUUUCUCAAGGUCUCUCCAUGUUUGUAAAGCAAAGCUUGGAAUUUAAGAGAGUGUCCUUUUUUAUUUUGCUCAAAUGUAAAGCAAACAA